GCCCGCUACGUUGCACUCGCUUGGAGUGCUAUAAUAAUUUUAAAACGCAAUGACAUUAUAAUGCGCUAAAUUAAGCAAAUUAAUUAGAAAUGUGAAUUUUAACUGAGAGAAAAUGAUGUUCAGAAUCGUGUGUUUAUGUUUCCUUGUGUUUCAUCUAAAAGUGUCACACACCCUUCAAAUCAUUGCUAUAUCCGUACCAAGUAUGAAACAACGUGGGGAAUCCGUCACUCUAACUUGUGACUACGAUUUGGAAGGAGGGAAGUUAUACUCAGUUAAGUGGUAUAGGGAUAAUGAGGAGUUCUACAGAUAUAUGCCGCGUUUGAGGCCUCCACAACACGCGCAUAGAUUGGAGGGUGUUAAAGUUGAUCUGGAGAGGUCAAGCGCUCGCCGCGUGCACCUUCGGGACCUGACGUUAAAAUCCCGAGGCCUCUACCGCUGCGAAGUGUCUGAAGAGGCGCCCUCUUUUCACUCCGCACAAUCUGAGGCAUUCAUGGAAGUUUAUUAUUUCUCGCGCGAAAACCCACGCAUAGUUGGCCAUGAACGAAUAUAUGAAUUACAUGAGCCACUGGACGUCAAUUGCACAUCGGCUAAAGCAUUUCCAGCACCGGCUUUAGAAUGGCACAUGGAUGGACAUAUGGUAACGGAUAGAUCGAUGCUGAUAGAAUACGAUCCUGAACCAGUACCACAAGGCUUUUAUAUUUCAACUUUGGGUCUUCGAGCGCAGGCCAGGCCUCAUAUGCGGGUGCGAUGCAUUGCUAGCAUAGGAAAUCAUAAGCGAGAGAGAACAGUUAUAAUAGAAACCAAUUCAUCGAAUCGCCAGAUAGAAACGAGCUUUAGUGCAAUAAUUAUUAUCAUCAGUAAUGUAUUUUUAUAUCAAAGUUUAUCAUGAUAAGUAUAUAAAAAAUGUAAAUAAAUUUUUUUGACAGAAAAUCUUUACUAAAGUUAGUAUUAUGAAUUUUAUUUUUAUAACCGCACCAUGAAUAUUUAAAAAAAUUGUUUUAAUAUACGAAACUCAGUUAUUAAGUUUAAUUAACUACCUACCUACUAAAUUACAAGAUACAUACUUUUUUCAUGUCAAUAUGCCAAUGACUGUGUUCUGUAAAUAUAUUAUAGAAUUCACAUUUAUUUUUCCAUAAUUUUUAAACAUACCGCUAUUUACUUUUUAUUUUGUCUGACAUGGAAACUGCAACGGUUAUCUAUCUCCGUCGCUAAAUCGCUCUUCACAACGUGGGUUCAUAACAUUGCCGCCGCCAUGGUCACACACGCGAAUGCGGCAAAUCGUAGAGGAAGGUGAAGUGAGUUCUGGUAGAAAUCGAAAUCACAGAACCAUCCUAUAGCAUAAUAUAAACUUUCCCAAAUAAUUUGUGUAUUGCUGCAAUUAUAUUUUAAUGUAUGCACUACCUGAACCACGUGUAUGGGACGAGGGAGCAUUAUAGAUUUUAUUUUAAAAAAAUCAAGAGGAUAUAGACAUAAAACGCCCACAAUUAUUAAACGCCAUGGUGAAUUAUUGACCCUUUUUAUGAGGAGAAACUCCAAUAAUCUUUCAAAUCAAAUAUUUAUUAUCAUAUUUUAAUAAAAAUAAAGGAAAUUACCUCUAUGUUAAGAUACAAUUGAGAAAAAAUUAAGAAAUACAUUAAAUUAUAUCCAAUUACAGCAAAAUAUUUUGAAUACCUAACAUUUGAAAUUUAAUCAAAAUGCUUUUAUAACAAAUAUACUAUGCCGUUAUCAUCAAAUAUAAUUUUAUUAAAUUUAAUUACUCAUACACAUCUAUAAGAUGAUAUAACUCAGUUAUAUAAAAUUAUCCUCUAUGAAAUCUCUCAAUUCCAACAUUGGUCUUCAAAUUGAAACAUAAAUUCAUACUUAAUAAAAUCACAAUUUUAAUUAUAUAUUGUUGUUGUAACUACUAGAACAUAAUAAUAGAAUUUCUUUAAUAUAUAAAUUAGUACAUACACCCUACGUUUUGAAUUUUUUGAUUCUUGAAACUUAAUAACUAACUAUGAAUCUACUUGUAAGGCUUAGCUCAAUCUUCAAAUAUUAUGCAAUAUUAAAUAUAAGUUGUAACAUUGCAAAUUUAAUUAUAGCAAUAAUUGUUGGUUUACAUAUUAUGCUAGCAAAGGUUAAUUCCUUUAGAAAAGAUUGGCUAUGAAAUGCCAAAUCUAUAAAAAAUAUACAACUUGAAGAAGAUGCAGCCGUUUUUUUUAUAUAAAUUAAAAACUUUCAUGAAUUCUUCUAUCUAUUUAAGCAUAAUGGUUUUAUAAAAAUCUCAAGAUGUAUUUCAUUAAACAAUCUUUUUUAUAGGCCUUUUAUCCCAAGAAAUUA